AUGACGCCGAUUGAGACUCUUCCCACCGAAGUCAUCGCCUAUAUUGCGGAAUUGACAACUCGAGAUGAGGCGAGGUCGCUGCGGUCUCGCUUGAGGAAUCACUCUAGAUUUGCCCGCACCAAUCGCCAUUUCUAUAACAUCCUCAAUCCUUUGCUAUACCACAUAAAUCUCACCAAAGACGCCCUGCUCGACUCAUGUGUUCUCUGGGGCGCUCAGUUCGGCAAGCUGCACACAAUUAAAAGAGCGCAUUCAUAUGGCGCGGAUCUUAGCAUGAAUGGAGCGAGAGACAACAACGAUCUGGUCGUGGGUUUCGACAGUAUCCCUGGCCAUCUGAGAUUCCUCGCCUCGCCGCUCCAUUUUGCCAUUCAGAACGGGGACAUGGCCAUGUUCGACUACUUGAUGGAGCAUAAUGUCGAUCUCAACGUGCCCUCCAGGAGCUUUUGUUCUUGCGACGGCUAUUAUGAUGGCCCGCGUAUGUAUCCGCUUCAUACUGCUCUCGAUCACAGUCGUAUUGAUGAUGCUGCGGCCCUGCUCGUUGAUAGAGGCGCAUAUCUUCUGAGCAAGGGCUCGCCGGCCAUCUGCCACGCCAAUUCCCUGGGACAUGCGAAAAUCGUCGAGAAGUUGCUUCAGCGGCCGGAGCCCCUGGCUAUUGCCGGAGCCCUUCACUAUGCCAUCGAGAAAAAGGACCUGGGUCUGGUGCGAGAGUUGCUUGGACGACCAGGAGCAGAUGCCACGGCCACGAACAACGAUGGGCAAACCUGCCUCCACCUCGCCCUAGCUCAACCGUCGCCGAUUGAACAUGGCAUUGUGUAUUUGAUCCUGGAACGGCCUGAGGUUGACGCAUCGAUCGUCGACAACCGGGGCGAUUCGCCUCUGCAUGUUUGUGCAGGCUCACCACAUCUCUUGGAAAUCGCAAAGCUCUUGCUAGCCCGGCCCGAUACCAAAGCCUCAGCUAGGAACAACAACGGGAUAAUGCCCUUGCUGUGCGCGGCAAAAGCUGGCAACGUCUCCAUGUUUCACCUUCUAGCGGGCCAGCCCGAGGCUGAUCUCAAGGCAGUCGACAAUAACGGCAGGACAGUGCUCCAUAUGGUAUGCGGCGCCCCUGAAACUGAAGAGACGUUGGCCUUGGUUGGGUCACUCAUAGAUCGAGAGGUUCCGCUUAAUCGAGUGUCACGCAAAGGCACCGCGCUGUACUGCGCGUUUGCUCAGCACAACUUCAAGACGGCACAGCUACUGCUCACCCGCGGUGCCGCAGCGGAUUUAGAGGCGGACGGUGGCCAUGCCAAGUCGCUUCUGCACCAUUGCCUUGAAAAGCCCCAUCCCCUACAGACUGAAUUGGUCAAGGAGCUACUCGCUGGCAGCGUGGAGGUCGAUGGACAGACCAAUGAAGAUCUGGCACGAGAUCUAGGCGAUGAGACUGCGUUUUCUUCGGGAGGUACGCCUCUUUUCUUCGCCGCAGCUGGUGCUAAGAACGUGGAAUGCAUGAAGAUCCUUCUCGAAGCCGGGGCCGACGCCGAGGCGACAGUGGUGAGCAAGUCAUGCUUUUAUUAUGACGGCUUGGAGAUGUCGGAGAAACAAGGCUUUAUUGCCGCGCUCUUUCGUCAUACCUGGGUCGAUGAUCGCAAGGCCGAAAUGGACGACGAGAGUGUCGAGGGGCUCAAGGAGCGACUUACGAUUCUUCUUGAGCAUGGUGCGACGAUAGGCGGGGAGGGAUAUGGGAUAUCGGCGCUUGCGUUUGCUAUGAAGCAUGCGAGCGAGGGGAAACCAGCGCUUCUCAACUUCUUGGUGGAGAAGGCCACUGCGUCAAAUAUCCACCCAGAUGACGUUCAGGAAGAAAUCGAUGACGAGGACUGUGAAUAUAGCGAGGAUGUUGUGGAAUCUGUUCGACGGUUCAAAGCAAAGCUUGUCGCGGAAGUUGGCGAUGAUGAGAAUGAUGAAGGUGAAGAAGAAGAGGACGAGGUGGAGGAAGGAGAAGAAAGUGAAGAAGAUGCUGAGGAAAAUCUCGAGGAUAGGGACGAACUUUUGGAGAUAAACGAGGAUACUGAUGGCGAUGCUAGUAUGGCGUUGAGCUAG